AUGUCGUUUUAUAAUAACUCUGCCAACACGCAAGGUGGACACUCAGGGUUCUUUCAACCAUCGGGCCAGUUCGCUUUCCCACAGGGCUCGAUGUCGUUCCAGAACAAUGCUCCUCCAAAUAAUAAUGGCCAGAAUGGAUUGGGCGUAUCACCAGAUCCUUUACCAACUGGCGUACUGAAUGCACUUUCUACCAAGGGAUACCCCCACGAGCCCCCAUUACUGGAAGAGAUUGGGAUAAAUUUUGAUCAUAUAAUAACUAAGACAAGGAUUGUGUUCAAUCCAGCAAUCUUUAAGAAAGUACUAUCGGAUGAGAUAUUGAAUGACGCUGAUUUAGCAGGACCUUUGAUUUUUUUCUUGUUAUUUGGCCUAUUUUUACUAUUAGCUGGAAAAGUCCAUUUUGGAUACAUAUAUGGUGUUGCACUUUUUGGAACAGUUUCUCUUCACAACCUCUCAAAGCUUAUGGGUAACAAUGAGAGCUCAAGUCCUGUCAAAUUGCAGUUCUUCAAUACAGCUUCUGUUCUAGGUUACUGCUUUUUACCAUUGUGCUUUUUAUCAUUAAUUGGUGUCUUCCAAUCUUUAAACAACAAGAUGGGUUAUUGUUUAGGGACCUUUUUCGUCUUCUGGAGCACUUGGUCAUCAUCUGCAUUUUUAAACUCCUUACUCCAAUUACAUGGUGCAAGAGCAUUGAUUGCCUACCCUUUGAUGAUCUAUUAUAGCGUUUUUGCUCUCAUGGUCAUCUUUGUAUAG